AUGGAGGAUUUUAUGUCUCUACAACAACAAGAGCUCGACGACAUUGCCUUGCUUGAGCAUGCGCUUGCAGAAGUAGAGGAGCCAGAGCCCGAGCCACCACGAAUUAAUACACGAACUUUCAUUAAUAGAGAUCGUGCAAAAGCGCAUGAGGAUCUUGUCAAAAAAUACUUCGCUGUCAACUGUAUUUACCCACCAUGCAUGUUUCGAUGUCGGUUUCGCAUGAGAUUUGAGUUGUUCCAUCGGAUACGAAUCGACUUAGAAGCAGUGGCACCAUACUUUCAAUUGAGAUAUGAUUGCACAGAAAGGGCUGGGUUUUCAUCAAUCCAAAAAAUUACAGCAGCAUUGUGGAUUCUGGCUUACGGUAACCCAAUUGAUCGUGAGGAUGAAACUCAAUGCAUUGUAGAGACUACAACUUUAGAAACAGUUCGUAUAUUUUGCAAAACUAUUAUCCAGUUGUACUCAGAUCAGUACUUACGAGCUUCGAAUCAAAGAGACCUUUCUCGUUCGCUAGAAGAAAAUAAGUCUCGUGGUUUUCCUGGUAUGAUUGGUUCAUUAGAUUGUAUGCACUGGGAAUGGCGUAACUGUCCCACUGCUUGGCACGGUCAGUAUGUUGGACACUAUGGUAGACCUACCAUGGUCCUAGAGGCUAUCGCAUCUCGAGACCUAUGGAUUUGGCAUUCAUUCUUCGGUAUGCCUGGUACAUAUAAUGAUAUAUCUGUUCUAGAUCACUCACCGCUCUUCGACAGGCUCAUCCGAUGUCAGACUCCAAACAUCCCAUAUGAAGUAAAUGGUUGGGUAUACCAUAUUUUGUACUACCUCACUGAUUGCAUAUACCCUCACUAUGCAACAUUGAUACAAUCGAUCAAGCACCCAAGGACCCAAAAGGAGAAACAUUUUGCAAAAAAAAAAAAAGAAGCGGCCCGCAAGGAUGUGGAACGAGCAUUUGGGGUGUUGCAAGCCAAAUGGGCGAUAACUCAAGAACUCGUACGAUUCUGGGAUGAAGAAACUGUUACAAACAUCAUGAAUUGUUACAUUAUGCUGCAUAACAUGAUAAUCGAGGACGAGAUGCAUGCUAAUAUCGAGCCUUGGCAACCUGUAGCUGGUGAAAUUCUACCAGAUGGUUUACUGGAGCAUGAUGAGCAACUACUAGGAUGCUUUAUACGCUCACGUAUGGAACAAGUACGUGAACGGUCCAUUAAUGGUAUGCUUAGGCAUGACUUAAUGGAAAAUUUAUGGUCCAACUUUGGGGGAGAAAAUACCCUUAUGUAA